UCAGGUUAUUUGGUAAAAUAUUACAAUGGCUUCAGGCCUGCUUGUUAACGCAAGAUUGGCGAGUGUAAACUUCAUUCGCGAAACCAGUCUGACUGCAAAGCUUGGUUGCGUGCUGCUCAGUUUAUUUUACGCCUUGUCGUAUGUGUUCGACACUCUCAAGCCGCUGGCCAUUACACCGGGAUUUCUUAUACCCCCCAACUUUUGGAUAUGGACAAUAUUUACAUACCAGUUCAUCGAAGUAAAGUUUUUUGUUGUACUCACAAACUUUUUGGUGUUAAUCUAUUCCUCUCAAGUGCUGGAACCGGCAUGGGGCAUGAUUGGAUUUUUAUCGUUUUUCGGAAUCGUAACAGUCCUGUCUGGCUUUCUUUCUGGAUUUUUUUACCUGUCCUGCUACAUGGUUACAAGAAGCCUCGGAUUUUUGUUUGAAGUUAGCAUUCAUGGUAUGGCAGGGUAUACAGCUGGUGUGCUUGUGGCACUUAAGCAGUGUAGGGGGGAUCAGAUGAUAGUAGGCUCUGUUGGACUCUUCAUGAAACACCUUCCGAUUGUAAAUAUCCUCUUGGUUGUGUUGCUCAGAAUAGCAGGCCUCAUUACAGGGAGUUAUGUUGUUCUUGUGUGCUUUGGUACACUUGUGGCUUGGGUGUAUUUACGCUUUUAUCAAGGCCAUAGUAGAGGAAGGGGUGACGCUGCUGAAAAUUUUUCGUUCAAGUCAUUUUUUCCAAAACCGCUCGACGCACCUAUGGGGAUCAUUGCUGGUAUUGUAUACAACAUUCUACUUAAAGUGAAACUUUGCCGGAAAACUUCGUACAGAUAUGAUGUGGGCGCUCCAAGCAAAAUAACGAUCAGUUUAUCUGGAGUUGAUGCUUUGGACGCUGAAAGGAGAAGGAAUAAAGCCAUCAAAGCUCUUGACGAAAGAUUACAAAAAGCUGAGCAGCAACAAAACGAUUCAUCUGAGUGGCCAGAAAUGGAAGACGAUACAACAAACACUGAACCAAGGUCUGUAGAAGACUCAGUAUCCACUUCUUCUGGGUCGUCAAGAUCGGACAUUGUUCGAAUUGAAGUUGAAACUUCUUCGCCGUCUGAUGAGAAUCCGUCACCAUAGAGGUUCCUUGUUUAUUUACGCUAUUUCUAUUUUUAACUAUUUUGUUUUAGACGGUCGGUAUUUUAAUUUUUGCGUCCACAUAAAAAUGUUAGAACAGCGGUCAUGGGCGCCUAACAUGGGUAUGCAAGGUAUGCGUAUACACACUGAAAAUAAAUCAGAGUACCCAAUAAAAAUAUAUAAACAAUGUAAAAGCUCAUCUUACAAACAGGUCCUAAAAUAAACACUAUAGAGUGGUAAUAGUGCAAUGAUGGUUACUUUGAGUUUUCAAAAGUUAGGCGGCUAUGACAGCGGCUGUAGGCAUUAUGUGAAGGACGUACACUUGUAACUAUUUAAGCAGCUUUGGCAUCCACAGUUGCUAGUUGUAAAUGGUAUAUUCGUAUAUUGCAUUAUGUGUAAAUAGAAUGCAGUGCACUUCGUUUUAAAAAAUAGGUGUCUGCUUGAAAUUGGCACUAAUACAUCCUUGCAAGCAACUUAUAUAAAGGAAAUAUCCAAUUUGAUUUUUCUUCCCAGACAAAUUAGUGUCUGUGUGAAGUCCUAUGCUGUUAGACUGAUAACCAAAGUCAGUGUAAACAGUCUUAAAUUGCCUAGGGUCAUUUAGAACAAUAGUUUACUUAUAAGACUUAUGUUUGCAGUUUUAAGGUAAACUCUUUAUAUGUUUUAGACAAGAUAUUACUAACUAUGUGUGUACAAUAAAAACAAAAUCCAGUGGUCUACAAGUUAAUACUUUUUAAUUCUGGUUUAAAAUCUGUACUGAAAGAUUGACUGCACAUAAGUUUAUAACAAUAGUGCCCAGCUGCAGUUGUUCUAUUCCAUUUACAUUCAUGAAUGGUGUCCGUGCUUUUCCUGUGUAAAUACAUUGUGUUAAAACAAUCUUUUGCACUGUACCGUUUAAUCUUUCAAUGUAACUGCAGUGUACAGUGCUUUAAUUUAUAUGGGCACUAACAUAAUUGCAUAUUUAGUACUUUUAGCACGCUUUAAGAAACAUAACAUGUAUAGACCAUAAUUACACCCGUGCCGUAUUUAACACUUCAACAUUUUAAUUUUGUUUAGCGCAAAAAUUUAUAACACAAUAUACAUAUUGAUAUAUAUAUAUUUCAUUCAUUACCCUGAAGUGACAAUUCUUGCUACUUGUUUUCUUGCUUUACUCUGUACCUGGUGAAUAAAAGAGUAAACCAUGUAGUUUCUCAGUCUAUUCAGUAACUCCUGAUACACAACAUAAUGUUUCUAGUUUCUUUAAUUCAGUUUUAAAAUUUGCAACUUUUUUUAGGUAACAUUAAUUUUCCACCUUAUUCUUCUAGAUCGGAAUAAAACAAGGUUCAAUUUA